AUUAUUAAAAAAUAUUGUAUUUUAUAAUUUGUACAAAUGUACAAUUGUACGAUUCAAAUGAUUAUUUGUUAGAAAAUAAAAAUCGAAUAAUCAACUACGCUCAUAUAAGACUACUUUUUGUUUAUUUAUUAUCUGUGAUUUUAAAUAUUAUAAUAGUGAAGACUGUCAUUAUGGAAAACAACCAAGAAGCUACAGUUACUAGACCAGAAGGCUUAGAGCAGGACGAAUUAAUUAUUCAGCAACAUCGUGAAAUUGAAAAAGAGAUCUCCGAUUCUAUAUUGUUAAUUGGCCAAAAAGAAGAAUUAACAGCUUUAGAAAGCGAAUAUGUGAAUGAUGCUGUUUAUUUAACUAAAGUUCAAGAUUUAAAUAAAAAGUAUACCUGUAUGCGACGUGCAAGACCAGAUGGAAACUGUUUCUUUAGAUCUUUUGCUUUUGCGUACUUUGAGUAUUUAAUAGACCACAAUGAAGAAUAUAAACAUUUUAAAGAAAGAGCUCUAAAGAGCAAAGAUGAACUUAUUUCUUGUGGUUUUACACAAUUCACACUUGAGGAUUUCCAUGACACUUUUAUGGAAGUUGUUAACAUGAUAGGAGAAGGUCAACAUGAAAAACUAUAUGAUACAUUUAAUAUGCAAGGCUAUUCAGAUUAUGUAGUAGUGUAUCUCAGAUUAAUUACAUCCGGUCAAUUGCAAAAGGACGCUGAAUUUUAUAAGCACUUCAUCGAGGGAGACCGAACAGUUGUAGAAUUUUGCCAUCAGGAAGUGGAACCGAUGUUCAAAGAAAGCGAUCACAUCCACAUUAUAGCUCUGAGCACUGCACUUAAUGUCGGAGUUCGAGUUAGAUAUAUGGAUAGAGGCGAAUCAUCCGAAGCCAUUGCCCAUGAUUUUCCAGAAGGCUCUCCAGUCUGUGUUCACCUACUUUACAGGCCAGGUCAUUAUGAUAUACUCUACAGUAGGCAAUGAUUUGCAACAUGUUGAAAAAUUGAUGAUGUUUAAAUAAAGAGCAGUUUUCAAUUUUUAAAAUUGAAAUAUUCUGUUAGGACUGAAGGAAAUGUUGUCUAUAUAAUAUACUAAAAUAAAUCACUUUAACAUAGAAUCUGUCGUUUCCCAUUUGAUAUUAAAUUUCUAAUGAAUGUUUAUUUACAACUUAAUAAUUACAAUUAAUUAAUGUUAAUAAAAAUUCAGGCUUAUUUCUAGAGUUUUUCAUUAAACGUUAUAAAUAUUAUAUAAACAAUUUCAAAAUUAAUAUUUCUAGAAGUAUUUUAUUUUGUAAUAAUCAAUCAAAUAAAACAGUCUUGGUUUGAAUAUGUUUUUUUGUAGCAAACUAGCAACACUUAUUAUAUAAUUUAGAUAUUUCAAUUUUCUCUAUAGUUUUUAAUUCUUUUCCACAAUACUAAUAAUUUAGUACUUGUAGACCAGUGAGUAAAAUCCUUAUAAACUUGUAAUUAUGUAAUACUCGUAUAAUGUGCAACGAGUUGAUAACAUAAUAUAUUUGUAAAUAUAUAUCAAACAUUGUGGAAAUUUUAUCAUGUAUUUAUGUUUUGACAACAAACAAAUUAUAUUGUAAUAAAGUCCUAUCUUCCUAGGUGUAC